GAGUUACGAAACCUAACGGCUACCUCGAUCUUCUUAGAAAACACCGAACACGCUCUCUCUCUCUCUCUCUCUCUCUCUGAUUGGAUCCUCUUUCAAUUCUCCGAUUACUCCGAUCGUCAUGGCUUCGUCAGGAGCAGAAUGCGAUCGGUCUAAACCCGGGAUGGCCUCUAACUCGUGUGGAAGAGUUCGGAUCAUAGCGAAGAUUAGGUCUUUAACGGAUCUUGAGCCUGGGACUCCUAGUGGGGUUUCCGCUCCGUGGAUCUCCGUUCAGAAGCCCAACGGCGAGUCAUCUGACAGAGUCACAAUCUCCUUCGCUGACCAAUCAAACAGUCGUAAAGAGUCCUGCGAAAUUGAUUAUUGCUAUGAUGAAGAUGAGGACAAUAGUGUUAUUUACUCAAGAGAGGUAAAGCAUCUGAUUUCAGGGGUCUUUAAUGGUAGCAAUGCUACAGUAAUUGCAUAUGGAGCCAGAGGCGGUGGGAAAACAUACACAAUUCAGGGUUCUGAUGAAAAUUCAGGUUUGGCAACAAUGGCCAUGAAUGAAAUUCUAUCGAUGGCUGAGAAGGAUGAGAGAUCAGUGUCAAUAUCUUCUUAUGAGAUUUAUCAAGACCAUGUUUAUGAUACCUUGGAUCCAAAAAAGCCAGAGGUUUUAAUAUUGGAAAAUGGCCGAGGCAAGAUCCAACUUAAAGGGCUCUCUCAGGUUCCUGUGAAAUCCAUUUCAGAAUUUCAGAAAUUAUAUUGUAGUGGGAGUAGUUCACAGAAACCAGCUCAAAAGAUUCCAACAGCUGAAGUCCCCCAUAGGAGCCACAAAGGCUUAAUGGUGCAUGUCUCAUCCUGUUAUGAAAAUUUGAAUGCUCAACUUGUGGGCAAGAUGAAUUUUGUUGACUUAGCAGGUUACGAAGAUGUUAGAAGGAAGAGUAAUGAUGAUCAUCGUCUCGUUGAGAGUACUAGAAUCAACAAAUCCAUAUAUGCUUUACAUAAUGUUGCUCAUGCUUUAAAUGCCAAUGAAAGCCAUGUGCCCUAUCGAGAAAGUAAAAUAACUCGGAUGUUGCAAGAUACCCUAGGAGGGACAAACCAGAUUUUGAUGGUUGCUUGCUUGAAUCCACAUUUUUGCCAAGACACCACCAACAUGAUAAAGCUGGGUUCUCGGUCUUGUCAAGGCAUCCAUCGGAUUCAUACCGAUUCCACCAUAAAGAGGGUCCAUAGCGACUCCACCACAAAGAAAACUAAAACUCCGACAGUUUCCACAUUAUUUUCUACAUCUAAGAAUGGAAAACCGUUGAAUGUUUCCAAUACUUUGAAGAAACAAAUGAGCUCUCAAGUGCAAUUUUCUGAAAAGAAAACAAAGGGCACAGCUUUUGCAAUUAAAGGAAGGAAAUUGUUUGGUGAAUCAAAGCAUGCGACUGUUCCUGAAAAGGCAAAUUCCUCAUCUAACAUUGCUCCAGCUACCGAGCCUUUACAUCAACAAGAGGGAAAGCCGGCUACAGAUGUUUCAAGAGCAAUAGUAUCUGCGGGAGAGGAAAGUGCGCUAUCUAAUGUUCACAAGGAGUCAGAGUCUAUUUCUACAGUGGAAAUGGAAAGUGCGCUAUCUAAUGUUCACAAGGAGUCAGAGUCUAUUUCUACGGUGGAAAUGCAAACAUUCACACCAGCUGCUCCCAACGCUUUGGAACCUUCUGUACAAAUCAAGGAUACUUCUCUGCCCAGUGAGCACAAUUGUCUUGAAGUUACUGCUACUUUAAGUAACGAAGCAGAAAAAAUUAGUUUUCUUGAAGAAGGUCAUAACAUAGAGAAGGAGAACAUGAGUUCAGUGAUUAAUGAAGGUUCACCACCGAUUAGUACAAGAUUACGGGAGUUGUCAAACAACCUGAAAUCACUUUAUUCUUCGACCUCAUUGUGUAUGAAGCUGCCGCAAAAGAACGAGUCUUUAUCCAAUGCUAAAUUCACUACUGAUAUUGUUGAACCAAGAACUCCCAUCCUUGAACAGAAUCCGAGAUUCAAUGAUGAGAAGGAACUUGCAAAUACAAAAAGUCCUUGGGAAGCAUUUAAUGCACGCAGUUCAGGGAUGAAGACAUCACUGGUUCAAGGUUAUCUCAAGUUUCUGAACACUGCUAGCAAGGAAGAGUUGAAGGGAUUAAAGGGGAUUGGAGAGAAGAGGGCUACCUACAUUCUUGAGCUUCGAGAAGACUCACCCGAACCCUUCAAGGAUCUUGAUGAUUUAAAAGACAUUGGCCUGUCAGCAAAGCAGAUUAAGGGAAUGAUGAAGAAUGUAGCUGGGGAUCUUUUCACUUAAACUGCAUCAGCAUCAAGCAACAUUGAUGCAGUUCAAGUGAUGUGACAAUGUCAUAUUUGGGUUAAUCCUUGCUUUACUGCAAGCAAGAAGAAAUUUAGGUCAAGCAAGAAGAGAGAAAAUGCUUGUUGCCUUUCUGUUUUAUGCAAUCCAGGCUUCAAUCUAUUUGUUUGGCCACUACUUUUCUUGAGAUCUAUUUUCUUCUUGAAAGAAUCAUGAAAGCAUUUCUUAUUGGCUUGUAAAGAACAGUGAAAAACCCGAGCGCCAAAUGCUCAAACUUUUAAUAAAACAUGUGUUUUUGAUUUUCU